UCCUCGUUCACUCGCUCAUCUGUCUUCAGUGACAGAUUUCACCUACACAUCCUCGAUCUCUAGCAAAAUCUCUCUCUCUUUCACCCUCAAAAAACCUUCUCCACAACCCUACAAGUGUACGAUAAAUAAAUCCGAGUCCUUUGUACUUUGUCUGUGUUGGUUCCAUGGACACUAAGAUCGGAAACAUCGACGCUGGCAAGCCGGCCUGUAACGACGUAGGCUCCAUCCCUCAGAACGGCGCGGUCUCGGUUGUCCAAAACUCGGCCACCCCUGCCGUGGUUUCUUCUUCCGAUGCAACACUUGGCCGUCAUCUCGCUCGUAGACUCGCCCAGAUCGGUGUCACCGAUGUCUUCUCUGUCCCCGGCGACUUCAACCUUACCCUUCUCGACCAUCUCAUCGCCGAGCCUGCUCUCAAAGUCAUAGGUUGUUGCAACGAGCUCAAUGCUGGAUACGCUGCAGACGGUUACGCCAGGUCCCGCGGCGUCGGGGCUUGUGUUGUUACCUUCUCGGUUGGUGGCCUUAGCGUUCUUAAUGCCAUAGCCGGUGCCUGCAGUGAGAACCUCCCCAUUAUUUGCAUAGUCGGUGGCCCCAAUUCCAAUGACUACGGCACCAACAGGAUUCUUCACCACACCAUCGGAUUGCCCGAUUUUAGUCAAGAACUUCGAUGCUUCCAGACUAUUACCUGCUACCAGGCGGUGGUGAAUAACCUGGAAGAUGCUCAUGAGUUGAUUGAUACGGCGAUUUCAACGGCUUUGAAAGAAAGCAAGCCGGUCUAUAUUAGUGUGAGCUGUAAUUUGGCGGGAAUCCCUCAUCCUACAUUUAGCGGGGUGCCUGUCCCAUUCUCCCUGUCACCCAAGUUAAGUAAUCAAAUGGGUCUAGAAGCAGCGGUGGAGGCCGCGGUGGAGUUCCUGGACAAGGCAGUGAAGCCCGUCAUGGUGGGUGGGCCGAAACUCCGGGUGGCUAAGGCUUCUAAGGCCUUUGUCGAGCUUGCCGAUGCCUCUGGUUAUGCCGUUGCGGUGAUGCCAUCGGCAAAGGGGUUGGUGCCAGAGCACCAUCCUCAUUUUAUUGGUACUUAUUGGGGUGCCGUGAGCACUGCUUUCUGUGCAGAGAUUGUGGAAUCCGCUGAUGCUUACAUAUUUGCGGGACCCAUUUUCAACGACUAUAGUUCGGUCGGAUACUCUCUACUCCUCAAGAAGGAGAAAGCGAUCAUUGUUCAGCCUGACCGGGUUGUUAUUGCCAAUGGGCCUGCUUUUGGGUGUAUUCUGAUGAAAGACUUCCUCCGGGGGCUAGCAAAGAGGAUUAAACGCAACACAACAGCAUACGAGAACUAUUAUCGAAUCUUUGUGCCGGAUGGACAGCCCCCCCAAAGUAAGCCCAAGGAGCCCCUGAGGGUUAACGUCAUGUUCAAGCACAUACAGGCGAUGGUAUCAAGCCACACUGCCGUUAUUGCCGAUACAGGGGACUCCUGGUUCAACUGCCAGAAGCUAAAGUUGCCAGAGGGUUGCGGGUAUGAGUUCCAGAUGCAAUAUGGAUCAAUUGGAUGGUCGGUAGGAGCAACUCUUGGUUAUGCCCAGGCUGUGCCCAACAAGCGAGUACUUGCUUUUAUUGGUGAUGGAAGCUUCCAGAUGACAGCACAAGAGGUGUCGACAAUGUUGCGUUGUAAUCAGAAAAGCAUCAUCUUCCUUAUUAACAACGGGGGAUACACCAUCGAGGUGGAGAUCCACGAUGGUCCUUACAAUGUUAUCAAGAACUGGGACUACACUGGAUUCGUUGAUUCAAUCCACAAUGGAGAAGGAAAGUGCUGGACAACCAAGGUCCGAUGUGAAGAGGAGCUCGUAGAAGCGAUUAAGUUGGCGACGGGAGAUAAGAAGGAUUGCUUGUGCUUCAUAGAGGUAAUCGUUCACAAAGAUGACACAAGCAAAGAGCUGCUCGAAUGGGGAUCAAGGGUCUGUGCUGCCAAUAGUCGUCCACCCAACCCUCAGUAAAAGCCGUCGAUCUAGCCGGCUGAUUUAGAUGGAAAUGGUUGGGAAUAUUUAAUUCGGUUUUGGUAUAUGAUUAAUUGAUUAUAUGUUGUAGUUUUUAGUCUUCCCUGUUCUCCUUUCAACUGUUGGUAUAAUGAGCGAGGUUGUACUUAUAUAGUUACAUUCAUGAAAAUGAGGCUCCAUUCCAUUUCUCUGUUCUCUCCUUUCAAUUAUUGGUCUAAUGAGCAAAACGAAGUUUCAUUUUGUGA